GCUGAACGAAAACUAUGAAGCUUCUCUUGUUGCUAAAGAAAUUUUGUGAUCAAAUUGUGUUAGUUAUAAGUGAAAAUGAAUGAAAUAAACAUAAAUAUAGAAGGAUAUAAUGUCAACGGCAUAUGCGUGGGGUGUUUAAAUUAUAAUCGUCGCAUGUUUUAUAAUUCCGCCAUCAAAGAAUGUUUUCGACUGCUAGCAAAUAUCGACGUACCAGACGGUUUGGAAAUCCAGGUUUGCUGGGAAUGCCUGGCUCGCGUGAAGUCUGCCAUCAAAUUCAGGAGUCAGUUACUGAAGUCAUAUGACUUCUUGAUUAAAUAUUCUAAAGAGCACACCUUCCUCGACUCGCCACAUGAUUUUGAGCCUUAUGCGUCAAAUUCAUUGUUCAAAACACAAGUUACUAUUGAACAAGUAAAGGUUCCAGAAGGAGAAGAGGAAGAAGAGAAAGAAGCAUUAGUAAAGAAGGAGGAACAGCCUCUGGAGUAUAGCUUUGAUGUCGACCACAAACCCUUUGUACCUUUUGGAGAUAUGAAUCAAAAACCUUUCAACAUGCUAUGGGAUUAUGAUAACCAUCUAAAAGCCAAAAAAUCAUCUGAUACGCCAUUUGAAGAUGAAACCAAUGAGACCAAACCUCAAAUAUUUUUUAAACUCGAAGAUAUGUAUGACGAUUCUCGCUCUGAAUCGUCUUCACCUACUUUGACUAUUGUAAUGCCAUCGGACUUCCAAUCUGAUAGUGAAGUCUCUCCUAAUCAUACAGGUUUAGAUUUUGAUGAAAAUGCAUCUACUCCUGACACUAGAAAUCAUCAAGAAUGGUUGGACGAUGAGCGUAAAGGUUUCAACAAUUUAGGAAAGAAUUGUAUUAAGAAAAGAAGUAAAGAAGGCAAUGAGAGAACUAUGGGACCACCGUGCCAAUGUCGAUAUAAGUGCUUCGAAAAAAUAUCUGAGGAACAGAGAUUAGAAUGCUUCAAACAGUUUUCGCUGCUAGGAAAUCGCGUUCAGCAGUGGAAUUUCAUUAUAAAAUAUACAGAAAGAUUGAAUAAGAAACGGUGUACGAAUAUGCAUAGCAAUAACCACAGGAAGUACACUUAUAAGUAUUAUUUGCCGAUAUUUGCGAGUUCUAGCGAAGUGGCCGGUUCUAGCCUGCCGAUUCUUACGAGUUCUAGCGAAGUGGCCGGUUCUAGCCUGCCGAUACUUACGAGUUCUAGCGAAGUGACAGGUUCUAGCCUGCCGAUUCUUACGAGUUCUAGCGAAGCGACGAGUGCUAGCGAAACUGACUGCGAGAAAGUCUUAGUAUGCUAUAUCAUGUUUAUAAAUACUCUGGCCGCUUCAGAAACUACAGUACGGAGUGCAUUGACGAAAUAUUAUGAAACAACAAUUUUAGAAGAUAGACGAGUUAUUUACGGAUUCCAUGGGAUCGAUAAGAAAAUUAGUGUUUAUGGAGAUAGACAGAUAUAUGAGAAUUCCCAAGCAAUAACUUAUGACAGCUCAAUACGAAAUAAAAUGUAUGAUCCGUUUACCGAAGAUUUUGGUAGCAAAUCAUCAUUAUCACCAUCAUCAGCCGAGAGACGUCCACUGCUGAACAAAGGCCUCCCCCUUAGUCCUCCACGAGCAAUUAUUGGUAGCAGUUAUUCAAGUCCAUUUUCCUUGAAAGUUUCUCAUAGUAUGCCAAACUCAGAAUUGAAGUAUGAAAACCUGAGAGAAGGCUAUCAAACAGAGAAAUCAACAGCAGAACUGCUAACUUCUAUACCAUCAAAUAAUAGCGGAUCUAUCUGCGACACUCAAUUCUCUCCUCACACAGGUGUAGAUAUCGCUCAAAAUUCUUUAACUACUGACACGAAAGCUGCAAGAAAAAGAGAAAGAAAUAGAGAGGAGUGGAGAGAUGUAAAACGCAAACGACUUAAGAAUUUGGGAAAGAAAUAUAUUAUGAAGAGUGGUAAGAUAGUAGGUGAGAAGAAAAUGGGUCCACCGUGCGGAUGCCGUAAUAAAUGCUAUGAACAUAUAACUGAGGAGCAAAGACUGGAAUGCUUCAAACGUUUUUGGGAUUUAGGAGAUCGAGUCCUGCAAUGGAAUUUCAUUCUUAAUAACACACAAAAAUUUAAUAAGAAACGGUGUACGAAAAUGCAUAAUAAAAACCAAAGGAAAUAUACUUUUAAGUAUUAUUUGCCGAUACUUCCGAGUUCUAGCGAAGUGACGUAUGCUAGCGAAGUGACGAAUUCUAGCGAAGUGGCCGGUCCUAGCAAUGACACCGGUCUCACCAACCGCACGAGUUCUAGCGAACCGCUGACUUCUAGCAAAACUGACGUCGAAAAAAUCAUCGUAUGCUACAUUAUGUUUUCAAAUACUCUCGCUAUUUCCGAAACCACUAUAAAGACUGCUUGGUCCAAAUAUAAGGGGACUCCUAUUUCUCAAGACGGAAGGGGUCGACAUGCGAAUCACAAGAUUAUAUUAGACACAGCAAUGAGGAAUAGCGUCUGUGACCAUGUUCAAACAUUCCUCUCGCCCAAAUCCCCUUGCAAUAAGGAUCAAAUUAUCUAUUUAUACGACUUAAAUUUUGCUAAAAUGUUCAGAAUGUACUUAGAUUGGUUUGAUCCGAAAAAAUACUCGUCUAAAGCGACUAUUUUAAGGCAUUAUCGUGAGAUUGUACAUUCGCAUUUUAAUAUUGUAUUUGAUCAUUCCAAAAGGUAUCAGUGAAUUGGGUAGUGUUGUAAAGUUUUUAAAUGACUGUUUGGUACAAUGGGGGACAGAUUCGCCUGAUCACUUUAAAAUUUAUUGCUUGCACCCAGCAGCAAAAAUAUUUGGAUAUAUCAUAUAAAUGUCUCAUCUAGUAAAAAAGCUAUAAUGUCGCAAUUUAAUGAUGCAAUACGUCUAAUCUAUUCAGUGGUGCGUUCUUUGUUGUUUAGCUACCUACCUCAUUCGUCAAUUCAAUGUCAUGGGGCGGGGCUAGAAAGUGGAUUUCAUUAGAUGCAAACAAACAUUAUCUUAGUGGUGAUCAGGCGGAUGUGACCAGCAUUGUA